AUGGCGCAUCCCUCAAUCAAGAUCGAUACCAGUGUUCAGAGCACGAAACGCGGCUUGCCGGAUAAUGAUCCGGGCUUCGAGGUACUGGGCGAGCAGGAAAACCCCCGCUUGGAGACAGGGAAUACUGAGGAUGUACCGCCGUUCCUGUGCCAAUCAGUGACAGAGAUUCAUGAGAAGUUUGAGGACUUGGAAUGGAUACAGAGAUCUCGAAUUUCCGACGGCUUGAAUUCCGAUGAUCCCGCUCAUCCUUUUGCGAUCGACAAGGACCCGAGAGUGCAGGCGAGAAAUCGAUAUCUGAACGUGCAGGCGUGGGCAAACUGUCGCGUCCACCUGCAGGUUCCCGAGGGCGAGUGCGAUUUCAUUAAUGCCUCACCGAUCACACUAAGAGAUUCGGUGACGCAGGAGGAGCAUAAGUACAUUGCGACUCAGGGACCCAAACUUGGUUUACUCUCCCACUUUUGGCAGAUGGUUUUUCAGGAAAGCAAGGAUGUGGGGGUGGUUAUAAUGCUCACCCAGACCUUUGAAGCAGGUCGGGAGAAAUGUGCCCAGUAUUUCCCUUUGAACCUGGAUCAGCCCUCAAUGGACCUUAUAUCCGAAGAACUAUCAGACCCUUUUGUUAGCGACGAAUCUCAUCCCGAUGAAUCGGCUGGUGUUUUGGGCAACGUGACGCUCCUAGAAUCGUUUUUGGAUGAUACGGCUCGCUCCGAGGUUCGCAAACUGGAGCUGACUAUUGGUUCAGAGUCCAAGAUCAUUUGGCAUUUCUUGUUCGCGGGCUGGGCGGAUCAUUGCAAGCCCGAGGGUAACGACCGCCAGGGUCUUCUAGAGCUUAUCAAAUUAUCGGCCUCCAAGUGCGACGCGGACAAUCCGCGGUUCGUGCAUUGCAGUGCCGGCGUUGGUCGGACAGGAACAUUCAUUGCUCUUGACCAUCUCUUGCGUGAACUUGAAUCGGGGCAGUUGCUGCACGUAACCGAGACCGAAGCCGACCCAGUCUUUGACGUCGUCAACCUGAUGCGUGAGCAGCGGAUGAUGAUGGUAUACAAUGAGUUGCAGAUGCAAUUCAUCUAUGAAGUCCUCCGCGAACAGACCGAUGUCAAAUUGGGGAAGGAUACGACCGAGUCCUCUGGACACAGUGAGCCCCGGUCCGCGAAGGUACCCAAGCUAGAUGACCAGGGCAUCUAUGUGCCCCCGUCAAAGCCGGAAUUAGAGCCUGUCCCGGACCGAGUUGAAACUCCGAUGCGAAGUUGGUCUGGAACACCCGAAAUCUCCGACAACGAAGAGACAUAG